CCCGCGCCCCUCCCUUCCGCAGGCCCGUAGUCAAACUCAAGCCAAGCGAGAGGCGACAGGCUGACAGUCAGCUGCGCGUCUUGUGUUUUUGGAUUUUGCGGUGCAUUUGAAAACAGUUUAUUAAUUUGUUGUUAAAUAAACAUUAUCGAAAUCGUGUUUGUUGACAUGUGAACAUUUUUUACCGAUGUUCCACAAACUGUACCAACUAUCAGUGCAGACAAUUCGACGAAACCGUAGUGUUAUUAUGAUCGGUGGUGUUCGUUAGUUGCAUUUUUUGUAUGCAGUGCCUUUGAUUUAGUGGAUUUUACAAGUGUUGUUACUGUUGGAUCGUGUUGGAGUAAGCAGUGAUUGUUUCCGUGACCGGUUUCCUCAAAGGGAACUUUCGAUACUUGCAUAAAGCUAGGGAAUGCACGCAUUCCUGUGGGAACCAUAAGAAUUCUACGAGAAGCGAGCGUGGCGGGUGGCGGGGCGAGCGGCGGGCUGCUCGCCAUGAACGCCACCCAGGUGCAAUGCGAGCCCCACGACUCCGUCGUACUCAUCAAAUCUCCGUUUGUUCUAGAUGAGCACCGCUCGGCCGGCGGCAGCUGGGAGGAGCCGGUGAGUGCGGUGCGCAACGCGCCGCUCCGGCGCUCUCAGCGGCUCAACUCCACACUGGACUCCAGGAGCAGCGGUCAGCUCCGCAACACCCUCAGCCGGGCCCGCGAGCUAUGCGAGCGCUGGCGCAGCGGCGGAGCGACUCCCGCGUCACCCGCACCCCCGCCGGAGGACGAGGGCGGGGGGCGCCUGGCCCGUUGGUUCAGCGUCAGGAGGGGCUCCACACACCAGUAUGACAUGCACACACAUGAGAGCGACAAGAUGCCCAAGCUGCCAGAGCUCGAAGAAGACCUCUUCUCAUGCGGCGGCGAGGUGCGCGGCGGCCGCGUGGCGCCACCGUCGCUCGCGCCGCCGCCGGACGCGCUGACGGCCGUGCAGCUUCGGCGGCGACACGUCGUCGCCGCCAUCAUACACAGCGAGAACUCGUACGUCGCGACGCUGCAGCGGCUCGUCAACGACUACAAGAAGCCUCUAGAAGAAAGUAGCCCUGCAAUCCUAAACGCGUCAAAAAUCCAGACGCUGUUCCACCGACUGCCCGACAUACUUCAGUGCCACUUGCACUUCCGCACAGCACUCGCGGACUGCGCGCGGACGUGGGACCGCGAUGAAAAAAUAGGCGAGGUCUUCCUAAACGCGUUUUCCAAAGCCGUGGUGCUGGACGUGUACUCCGACUUCAUAAACAACUUCUCCGUAGCCAUGGAGCUAGCCAAGAUGGAGUCAAAGCGCAAGAGCGCGCUGGCGGACUUCUUCAAGGUCAAGCAGAUCAGCGCGCACGACCGGCUCUCGUUCUUCGGGCUCAUGGUUAAGCCGGUGCAGCGGUUCCCGCAGUUUAUCAUGUUCCUACAGGAUUUACUAAAACAUACGCCUCCAGGACACGCCGACCGCGUUGCCCUACAGAGGGCUUUGACGAGACUAGAAGCUCUAGCUGACGCUUUAAAUGAAAGAAAGCGGGAAGCGGAAAGGACCCAGGCAUUCCGCGCAGCGUUACGACGGUUAACGCGCGGCGGCGUGACGGGUGCGGGUGGAGCGGGUGGCGCGGCGCGCUUCGGAGCCGCGAGGCUGCUAGCUUCGCGUGCUGACAAGCGACAUCUCCUGCGGCAGGACGAUUUGACGCAAUUGGAAUUCAACCAAUCAGGCGCCCUAUCAAAGUGCAAGCCGCGUCGCCUUCUCCUGCUAAACGAUUUAGUCGUGUGCGUGUCAGUCUGCAACAGCGGGGACGACGCGGAACGCCUUGGGCUCAAGUGGGCGCACCCCGUGCAGGAUGUCGACGUGCUCGACACGGGGACCUCGCCUACGCUCAGCCGGGUGCUGGCCCAAGGCAUGAACCGAAGCGGCAGUCUCCGUUCCAACUCGAGCAGUACCCUGUCGUCUACAGGCGACUCUCUCUGCAACGAGAUGUCGACGUUGAUGCACGACUAUGAAACCGUGUCGCGUAUGGCAGAUCUCGCCGCUUCUCUUAAGACGCCAUACCACGAGCUAGCGCCUGAGAUGUUUAGGGCAUUGUUACAGAAUAUACAACAGAGUAUACAGAAAAAAGACGACGAGAUGGCGUGGGUAGACUCAUGCUGUUUACAACUCACUAUCCGAGGCCGCGAAGAACCUGUCACGUUCCGCGCACAAGAGCCCGGCGCGCGUCUCGCCUGGGCGACUGAACUACGUUUAGCACAGCUAGCGCAGGCUUCAGCGAAUUCCCCUGCUUGGCGGUUACCUGCACCUCAGCAUCCACCGGCGCAUAAGAUGCCGCUGUUUGUGGCUGCUACACCGGUGCACUCUUCCAAGUAUCUCACAGAGGUCCGCUGCGGCUGCUUCUACACAUCAUCAUCAUCAACCCGCGGCGCAUCCAUGCGACGGGCUCGUUCACUCCUGUGGAUCUGCGCGGCCGGCUCCGCGCCCGACAGCCACGUGGCCGUGCUCACGCACCGCGCCGCCAAGCUCAAGACGCUCGUCACGCUGCAGCUGCUCGACACCAAGGUGACCUCAAUGGAAUACGCCAAAGGGAUCCGUCAAGUGACCACGCUGUGCGGCGACACAGUGUGGCUCGGCACUGACGACAAGAAGAUCAUCGUCUUCUCCGGCGUCGAGCCCGAGAAACAGGAGAAGCUCGCCGAAGUCAACACCAUCGCGCCCGUCACGCAGAUCAAGUACCACUGCGACGCGAUGUUCGUGGGACUCGCCAACGGGCGGGUGUCCGUCUACCGGAGGAACCACGACGACUCGUGGGCCCUUCAGGAACCGCUAGCUAUCGAGCUGGGCGACAAGCCUGUGCACUGCGUGCUGCCGCUAGAUGGAAUCAUUUACGCUUCUUGCGGAAGAAGAGUCUUCGCUAUAAACGCCCUAACUGCUGAAAUACUACGUAUUUUAGAACUUAAAGGUGACAGCGACCGAUCUGUAAGGUACUUAGCGCAUUCAGGCGUCGGACUAUGGACCGCAUGCACGGAUUCCACGUACGUGAGUCUGUACCACGCCGAAACGUUUGAGCAUCUACAGAAUAUUGACAUCGCUGCCGAUGUAGCUAAGACGAUCGGAGCCAGAGAGGGAAGCAAACCCGCUUACGUUUCCGCUUUGCUCGCUGUUCAAGGACUUUUGUGGGUCGGUACGACCGCAGGAGUUAGCGUCACCGUGCCUCUACCGAAGCUUGAAGGUUUGCCGCUUAUCGGCGGACAUAUCGGAGUGUCGUACCACGCACACGCCGGUCCCGUCAGUUUCCUGCUUCCGCUACUGCCGGAGACGAAAGAAGUGGACGUAAACGUCGUCCGACGGAAUCUGUCCAACGCCCGCGCCUACCAGUCCGCCCUCGCCGACAACAACAUCCUCCACGAGUACAAAGAGGAGACAUCGAAGGAGGACGGCGAAAAACCCAAGCUCGAGAGGCGGAUAUCGGAGGAGCUGAGUCCGUACAGGCCUCAGCGCGUGCAAUCCGCCGUCGUACGUCGCAAGAAGCCCGGCGACGUCCGCCUCAGCAAAACUCUUCCCAAGUGUGCUAAUCUGAACGCCUGCGACGUUUACGGUCUAUACGGCGAUCUCAUGUUCGUGAAAGACUGCGCCGGCGAGAGCGACGUCAGCGGGUCCGGCGGCGAGGCGCUCCGGCGGAGCGACCCCGAGCUGGCCGCCAUCCCGUUCCGCGUCAGCACCCUCGACCGGCGGCUGCGCAUGCGCGCCGGCCGCCCGAGGAGUCUCGACCUGUCCAGCUGGUCCGUGGACUCCCGUGCCUCGAGCCUCUGCACGUCGUCCGGCAGCGAGGAGUCCAUGGCGCUGCGCGGCGUGUCGCGGACCAGCUCCGGCGCGUCCGGCGCGGCCGGCCUGGCGCCCGUGGCCGUGUCCACGCCGGACUCCAGCGCCUCCGAGAGGUCCGCGAGCGCGGCCGCACCCGAACGCGCCAACAACAAAACGGCGGCCCGAAGCCUACGCGGUGCCGACUACGUGGUCGGAGAGAGCUCGGCGCGGCGCUCGGUGGUCACGGUGGUGGGCGGGCGAGGGUACGUGGACUGGCGACAGACGGCCGAGGCGGCGGAGCGGCCGACGCCGGCCGCCGAGCCCAACCCCAAGGACGCGCAUCUCAUCCUGUGGGAGAUGCGCUUGUGACGAGAGCGCGCGCCCGCCCGACUCGCUAUAUUGACUCGCGACGAUCUCGAACCGAUAUGCCCGCACCGAAAAUUAUUAAGAGUGGCCGUCACCGGCUGACGCCCCUCCGAACGUAAGUUAGCAUCUCGGUUUGACAUCGCGUAUCGGAAUAUUUUGUGUCAUAUUUGAGAUAAUCGUGCUAUUGUAAAUACGUGGCUUAUAGAUUUACGGCUAUUCCUAUAGCGUAUACAAUAAAAUUUAUGACUUUGUAUACAAAGAAAAAACCUAUGUAAAGUUCGAUCCCGCUAACUAUGCAAAAAUACGUUCGAAUCUAUGUUUAGCCCGACCGAGAAGCUGUACUUCAUAUGAUAGUUAUAAUAGUUAAUGUUUGACUGCAUGCUUUGAGUGUUAUUAGCGCUAAACUAAGAUUUAACGUAAGAUAGGUUAACGGGGAGGGAUACACUUUGUGUGAAUGAUUGUGAUAAGCUUUAAAUUAUUUUUCUACACUCGGACAGCUAGAAACCGGUUGGCCCGAAGUUUACAUCGGUUUAUCCUAUAUUUAUGCGCUGGUGCAUUAUUUUUGUGAUGUUUUAUAUUCAAAUGUUAUAUGAAAUUGAUUGUGGAUGAUAAUAUAUUAAAGUAAUGCGUUAAGGGAAUAAUUAUACGCACACGAAAACAUUAACGAUCCUCUAAUCCAUUGAAUACUUGCAAUUUACGCAAAAAUGCAUUCUUGUUUACCUCAAAAAUCUAAAACAGAUUUUAAUAUUUAAAAUUUAUAUAAUACCUGUUCUCUAAUCCUAUGGUAUUUAUGU